UCACAGGAAGUCCGUUUCCUCUUCUUUCUCUGUAGACUCCCACCCCAGUAUUUAUGUUUUGGGCUGUCAUUAGCACCUAGCAUUCUGUCGAUAAUAUCGCUGUACGAUCGGUUUAGAAAUGAAGAAGUUCUUUGGAGACAUUAAAAAAGACAUCAAAUUCAAAUCGGCUGGAACCGGGAAGAAACUAACCGACGACACCAGCAGACCUCAGGUGUCGCAGAGCCAUGCCGCUAGACCCCGCCAGGCGCCCACCGAGGGGGCGGCGAGAGCCGGGGCGGCCGCGCUGGCCCGGAUAGACCAGCAGCCGCGACCCAAGGUCCAAACGUCGCAGGACGCCAUCAGGAAGCAGGUGAAAAAGGAACUGGAGGCUGAAGCUGCUGCAGUGGCAGAAAAGCAGAAGCCCGUAGAGGACGUCAGCGUGCCAGUGAAGGAACUAGCGUGUCUUUCUGUGACGGGAGUGUUCUUCACCUGUCCGCUCACUGGAGCCACUCUGACGAAGAGCGAGCGAGAAGUACACAUCAAAGAGGCGAUUUUCAUGCGGUUUGAAGAGGACGCGGUCGCGGCGUCGGUGAUGAUGAUUCACACCUUCAACAAGGACCGAGAGAAAGUUAAAUCUGCUGUCGACAUCAUCAGCAAGUACAUCGAGAAUAUAUGCAAGAAUCCAGCAGAAGAAAAAUAUAGGAAAAUCAAAGUCAGCAACAAGGUGUUCCAGGAGAAGGUCCACUGUCUGGAGGGUAGUAGGGAGUUCCUUCAGGCCGUGGGCUUCGUCAGCGUCAUGUUCCCCGUGGACGGCCAAGAGGAGGACGAGGAGUUCCUGGUGCUCCCGGAGCAGGGCGCCGAGGCCCUGGAAGCGGUGAAGGAGAGCCGGGAGCGGCUGCAGCGCGGGGAGCCGGUGCGCGCCCAGCUGGAGCGCCAGCCCCAGGCGUUCAGAGCCUGCGGCCACGCCGCGCGCUUCGAGCUGCCGCCCGACUUCUACAACCUCACGGCCGACGAGCUGAGGAGGGAGCAGCAGCAGAGGAGUGAUCUGCUGGAGAAGAACUCCAUGAUGCGGACCAAGGCCAUGAGGGAGAAGGACGAGCAGAGGGAGAGGAGGAAGUACAACUACACCCUGCUGAGAGUCCGGCUCCCCGACGGGACCCUGCUGCAAGGAACCUUCUACGCGUGGGACAAGGUGCCCGCCCUGUUCCAGUUUGUCCGCGAGUCGCUGGUGGACGGCUGGCAGCCGUUUGAGCUCAUCGCCCCCGGUGGCCAGAAGCUCAAUGAGGCGGACGACGUUGCCCUGGCAGAAUGUAACCUGGUCCCUGCCGCUGUGGUCACCUUCAGCUGGGACGCGGCCGUGCAGGCGGACAUCGCCGCCGCCGGAGGGACGACCGCCACGCUGCUCAUACCCAGCCUGCAGGAGAGCAUCCGGACGCUCAGCUGAGCGUCCGGCUCCCCCUCCCCCUUCUCUCUCUCUCCAGACACACUGCGGACGUUUCCUAGUGCUGACUGGUGUUGUAUUAGAACAGGCGAGAGGGCGACGACAACCUUAAACCCUUACGAGUCUCACCGCCUCUCCUCCUUGUUCUUAAAUAAGUGUCCCCAAAAUAGCUCCAACGCUUACUAUUUGCAAUCUGAUCAAGGACACCGUGGAGCUACGGGGGAGACGUUGAGACAUGACGCAUCGCGUAGAGCUACUCUCGCUGCACGUUGAAGCUGAUGUGCUACAGUAGGAGGUAUCCUAUUUGUUCAGUCCCUCGUUUUAGACCUGAGCAGCAGCCAAAAGCGGUUAGGGCGGGGUUGGCCACGGGGCUUCUUCCAUUGGUCCAGCAGUUAAUCCAAGUCACACAUUUUGGCUCCACAUUUGUUUUACUGGACUGAAGUAUACUAUGUUACGGUAAAGGUUAGCGACGGCACACCGGAAGAGUCUUGAGAUGAGGGGGGGAUAUCUAAUGCAACGUAUGGUUAACCUAUUUGAUUGAACGUGCUAACAAGAUGGUCUCACGGUCUGGUCGUUUGUAGUGGCCCUAGUGAAUUGUGUCAAAUUGAAAAAUCCCAAGUAAAGCUGUCUAACUUGCACUGCUAGCAAACACUAAUAGAAAAAUAUUGAUUUCAAUAUUAUAAACCCCAGUGGGUGUGACUUAACUUUUGUCCGAAGCAGGUAUAAACCAAGUAAUCAUUAAGCUCAUUUGAAGUACUGUUUUUGUGAAGGAUUUAGUACUAUUGCACAGAGCAACCAAGAUCUACCUUUUAAAAAUAUAUUGUGGAAGUUCAGGUCACUUAUGAUGGUGACUGCUUAUUUAGGCUUCCGGCUACUGUUGUAUGGAAGCAUUUACCCGUUGCACACUAUUAGUCACGUGGAUUACAUGUUGUGUCUGUUAAAACUCGGCAUGUGAUUGUUGUCAGUGGCUGUGCAGACUGGUCUUGUGUUUGCAAAGAAUUCAAGCAUAAAGUGUUCAGAUCGGAUGACUUGAUAGUGUAUGGAUAAGCUUUAUGUACGUCUCGGCAAUGGGAAACAAUGUCAGAAAUCGACCCGGAUGCAUUGAAUCAGUUCUUCGUUUCCACCAAACUACCAUUAGUUCAUACAACUUGGGACUCAUUUCAUGCAGAUUUGGCUGUAAUUACUUCCUGCACACAACUAUAAAUGAGCUCCCGAUGCUUCAAUAUAACUCUUCCACCGUCUUGUCUAGCCUGUAGGCUUCGUGAGGGAGAAGUCAACGGUUUAAUGGGCUUGUCUUCAGGGUUAGCAGAAAUACAGAGCUGUUCAUUUCUUUAUAACCUGCUUGUAAAGAUUAAAUAUUUUACUGCAAUGUUC